CCAUAUGCACGCACGCACGCAUGCGCACAGCAGCAUGCACACACACGCCACACACACGCCACGCACAUACACGCGCACACACCUCGGUUUUUUAUUUUUCCGUCGGUAGGAAAUGAAAAGUAUUAAGGGGACCGGGCGUUGUUGUUUCUCGUAAGUAGGAUUCGCGUGCCGGCGAAAAUUUCUUGGCCGUAGCGUAGCUACGUACCGUGGGAUGGAGUAUGGGGAAGGGGAGGGGGGACGUCGUUUAAAAGGAUAAAGCGAGAACCCGGCGUGAACCGGAAUCGUGAAACAUGUUUCUAAAGGGAACUGCACGCAAUUUUCCAAGAGUAGACGUUCUUAUGUUAAUGAGUUGAAAGAAAAGACGCGAGAGAACCGAGGCGGAGCAUCUCUCGUAUAAACGUGCGUCGCUUAGAAGAAGAAGAAGGAGGAAAGAGAGGAGAAAGAAAAGAAAAUAGAAAAAGAGAGAGAGAGAGAGAAAGGGAGAAAGGAGGUGGAUAGUCGAGUUGAAGCGAUUAUACACGCGCGCACGGUGUAACGACUUAAACGAACUCCAAGCAGACCGUUUAAUUCAUCAAAUUAAUCCCCCAAUUACACGAGAAAUUGCGUUAGCUUAAAAAGUUUCCGAGGAAAGUGGCGAGGCCCCUCCUCCCUUUGCUUAAAAGAAUUUCAUUUAAAAACCGAUAACUCGAUUGUGCCCGAACUUUGAUCGCGUAUUAAAAAGAAAAAAAAAAGGAAGGAAAAAAAAAGUGGGGAGGGGGAGCAACAAAAAACGGAUUUCACUUAUUACGGGUAUCGUUUACUCUAUUGCUUCGAGUUCUCGGACACCGUCCUUAAAAAAUUACCCGCGUCGCAACCCGGGCUCUUUCAGAGGACGUGCCGCCGCUCUGCUGCCGCCCCGUACACCAACUACAAGUCCGGAAUGUAAAUUUUAAUUAAACACGUCUUUUAAUAUAGAGAAGCGUCAGAGAUAUUUCAGUAAAAAUAAUUUAAUUAAUAGGGGGGAGAGGUGGUAAAACGUCUGAGCACAGGAAAAUUAUACCGCGUGGAAAGGAAUGAAACCAUUUUUAAAAGUUGAGACAAUGAAUGUUUCUCCGGAUUACGCGGAUGAAAAACUUAUCGUCCGCGAUUAUCCGCGAUGCAUCCUCCGAUAUCUCGAUUAGAAUCGAGAUAAGUUUUUGACGUGGAGAGAUUUUUCGAUUAUUGCGUUACGAUUACGAAAUAGACGUCUGGAAUAAAAAUUUUAAGUCGAAAAGAAAAAGUUAUUCGUUACCUUUUCUCUUACUUCGAGAAUUAGAUUAAUAAAAAUAUGUAAAAAUUUUUAAUUUCGAUUUUCAACACGAUCGAUUCGAUUCGAUAACAGAUUUUCCUUCCGUUGUUUCUUCAAGAUGGCAACCGAUCGACAAACCUGGAAAUUAUAAAAGAAAAUUUGGAAACCGAACGCGUAACAGAUUUCAGAAUUAUAUCCAUAAAUUGGGAAUAUAAUGUUAACGGAUAAACCGAUAAACGAAUGCGUUUGUCCCCGAUGCCUUCAUUCGUCGUGUCCCCUCCCCAACGCGGAACCACCGUACGAUGAAAUCACGCAAGAAAUAAGCAAUAAUUUCAUAUCCGUCAAGGUGCCGAAAUGUAAAAGAAAAUUCGAGAAGGAAGAUGAGGAAGAUGAAGAAAAAUUGAGUUUUGACUUUAAUUGCGCCGAUGCCGAAGGUGAAAAAUGCAAAACUGGUUGCACCAAAGUUCACGUGAUACCGAACGAGCACGCCCCACCGAAAAAGCCCGAGGAAGAGAUGCUCUCGUUGAAGUCUAUAAGACACAUUAUGCCCAACGAUAUACUGGACAGCACUGUCGAAAUUGAAUUCAAGGCGGCGCGAAAUUACAAUCCGUUGCCCGAACCCGGACCACCGCCGCCCAUAAUUGUACCAAGACAGCGUAUCAAGAAGAAGAAGGGCAAGAGUAAAAAGAAGUAAGAUUCGAGAGAAAUUGGCAAUUAUGGCCAAUGCGCAGACGUUUCCACGUUUCGACGAUGAUAUUUGUGACUGAAAGAAGAGAGAAAGAAAGAAAGAGAGAGAAUAUAGGUAAGGAAGAGUUCUGUUUGACCAAUUAAGUUGAAUCGUGACGCGACGCUAUACGAAACAAAAUAUUUGACGAUUAUUCGCGGUCUGGUUUUCAGUGAGCGAAAUAGCGAAGAAAUACGUUGGACAGAAAAUCGGCCCUCUUUAGGGAUUUACGAGUGACACGGAACUAAAACGGUCGCCACUUUGUCGAGGGCAGAGAGAGAGAGAGAGAAAGAGAGAAAGAACGAAUAAUGGAACGAUAAAUCACCGGCAUUAUAUUCUUGCGCAUCUUGGGGAGGGGAGAGAGGGACGAUAAAUCAUAUCGCGCACCGAAGGCAUACGGACGCGUCGGUAUUAAACGUUUUCGUUUCGCCAUUGUCUUCCCUGCCGGUAACAGGCGUCUUUUUAAAUCCUGCCUUACGUCCUCCGAUUCCGUUCCGACGAAUCGCAAGCGUUUACGUUCUCGACUCUAAGCUCUGGACGACAUUCGCAGUUACAAGCGUUGAGAGCGAAUGAUGAGAAAAAAUGAAAAAAGUGGGAAAAGCUUGUAAAUCUCGCGCACCCGUUCAAUUUCUUUCGCCGACAACCGAUUAAUAACCAAGGAUAAAUUUUCACGAUGCCGAACUCUCUCGUGAUGCUCUCUCGUGAGUUCAUUUACGAUCCAAGUGUUCUUACGGGUGGAGGAUAUAUAUUACCGUUUCCAUGGGAACGAAUAUUUCCCAUGGAAGCAACAACGAGGGAUAAAAACGGAUGGAAUUUGAUCGAUCGUAUAUACGUAGAUCGAAAGAUGGCGUACAUUUUCUUUUUCGCCUGUUUCGAAAUACGGGAAUAGCGCGAGAAGUGCGGAACGUUGCUGUGACGCGUUCGGUGUGAGUGUGAGCUCGGUGAACAGCGGAGAGGGGAGGGGGGAAGAGGACGGGACAAUACAAUGGCGCGUUUGCGUGUGUUUGCGUGUUGUUGCACGAAUUUCCAACGUAUUUCCAAAGAGAUCCGUGGAACGCGUAUACGCACAAUUGACGGAAGUAAAAUUUUAUCACGGCACGUAUCGAAUGUACAGUGUUGCGUCGCGUGAAUAAAAUACACUCUUUCCAAAACCCGCACCGGCGGGUUGCAUCAACGAGGAUCGGAAUAAAAAUAUUUGCAUGCUCCUCGACGAGCUCCCCGUUUCGUUUAAUGAAAAUGUUCCAAAACCCGUAAUUUAUUCUCCAUCCAGAGAGAGAGAGAGAAGAAAAAAAACACGUCAAUACGAGAUCGCGACGAUUAGAUUUUCUUUCCUUCGCGUUCUAACCUCUCCGCGUCUAUCGAUCCGCGCGACAACUAAUUACGAUCCCGAGACCUAACGAGACCUCUACUCAACCGUCGCGUCAACCGGGAAGCUCA